AUGGAAGUCAUAAACAGGACCCAGGUGAAGGUCUUUGUGUUUACUGGACUAACUGACAAUGGUAAACUUGCCCCGUUCCUCUUCAUACUCUUCUUACACAUUUAUAUGGUGACCAUACUGGCAAACAUUGGCAUGAUGGCAAUUAUCUAUAGCAGCGCAACCCUCCACACUCCGAUGUACUUCUUCCUGAGCUACCUCUCUCUGUUAGACGUUUUCUACUCAUCAGUUAUAACUCCUAAGAUGAUGCAUGACCUAGUUUCUGUAAGUAAGACCAUCUCAUUCAGUAGCUGCGCUCUACAGUUUUAUUUCCUUGCUGCCUUAGGAUCUACUGAAUCUUUUUUUCUCUCCAACAUGGCGUAUGACCGGUAUGCCGCUAUCUGCCACCCACUCCAUUAUGUGUCAAUAAUGACUAAGCAGAAAUGUCUAUCUCUUGUUUUCCUUGCAAUCUCUAUUGGCUUCCUGCAGGCAUCAGGGCAGACCAGCUGUGUGUUCAGUCUCCAGUUCUGCAGGUAUAAUCUUAUAAACCAUUUCUAUUGUCACCCGCCUUCAUUACUCAGACUGUCAUGCUCUGACACAUUCUCCUGUGACAUGAUAACCAUUUACUUUAUAGGUACUUGUGGCUUCUGUUCAUUGGUGAUUAUCCUGGUCUCCUACAUCCUCAUUAUUUUUUCCAUUUUAAGGAUUAAAUCUUCUGAGGGUCGUCAGAAAGCAUUCAGCACCUGUUCCUCACAUCUCAUGUGUAUCUGUAUCUUCUAUGGGGCAGUUUUGUUCACUUUCCUACGUUCUCCUUCCAGUGACUUUGAGAAACUAGAUAAGGUGUCUGCCAUCUUCUACUCAGUAGUGACACCAAUGCUGAAUCCACUGAUAUACAGCCUGAGGAAUCAAGAGGUGAAACGGAUCAUUAUGCAAGCAGUUCACAAUCUUACUGAUGUACAGAAGAUAUACUCUAACUUUGUUAAACAUUAG